AUGAUGGGAUACCCGGACCCGUUUUCUGAAAUUGACAAGCUCCGUGCUCAGCUGCUGAACAACGUCGAAGUCAUGACAACCAAUCAACCUGUCGAAGAAGAAAUAAGCAACAGGGAAAUUUUGACACGUAUUGAAAACAUAAUCCUAGGAAUAGUGACCAGUCUGUCCAAAGAUGAGGCCCCAGUCCUGGCACUGCCUAACAGAUCCAGCUGGGCCAACAUCAGUUUUGACAGUGCCAUCGGCCUUCAAAUGAGUUCGGGAAGCUCUGUCAGCACCAUUAGGAGCGACUGUCCCUCGUCUGUCACUAAAUUUGCACAAAUUCUCAAGAUUCUCUCAGCCAUCUACAGACUUGUGCAGAGCAACUCAUAUGCUACAAAAAGAGACAUCUACUACAACAAUACACAGCUGUUUGGUUCACAGACAGCUGUUGAUAGUAUUGUGGAUGAUAUCUCCUGCAUGCUGAAAGUUCCCCGCAGAUCGCUUCAUGUGUUGGCCACUUCCAAGGGAUUAAUUGCAGGUGAUCUGCGUUACAUGGAGGAGGAUGGCACAAGGAUUGACUGCCACUCCAGCUCUGCUGCUGUUGCAGUUUCGUCAAACAUUAGUGGGAUUAAAAAUAUUGUAUCAUCUGCAAAAUUUAUCAUGAUAGUUGAGAAGGAUGCAACUUUCCAGAGACUGCUGGAUGACCACUUCUGCACAAAACUCUGGCCUUGCAUUAUAAUCACAGGUAAAGGUGUGCCAGAUGUGAACAGCCGCUUGAUGGUGAGGAAGCUUUGGGACACUCUGCACAUCCCCAUCUUUGCUCUGGUGGAUGCUGACCCCCAUGGCAUUGAGAUCAUGUGUAUCUACAAGUACGGAUCAGUGGCCAUGUCGUUUGAGGCCCACAGUCUGACCGUCCCCAGCGUUAUGUGGCUAGGCCUCCUCCCCUCUGACCUCCAGAGGUUGCGGGUUCCCAAGGAUGCCCUGAUCCCCCUCACCAAGAGAGAUGAAAGCAAGCUCAGCAGCCUUCUUAAAAGGCCGUACUUAACCAGUCAACCAGACUGGCAGAAAGAGAUGGAACUGAUGCAGCAGACUAGGGUCAAGGCUGAAAUACAGUCCCUGGCAGCCAUAGCUCCUGAUUUCCUCACCAGCAUUUACCUGCCCAACAAGCUGCAUUAUGGAGGCUGGAUAUGAGCACAAUCCUGCCAUCUAGCGGAAGGGAGCAUGAACUUCUGAAAUAGGUUGCAAAACUAAAAGGUCUUCUAUGCAACUGUCCUACCUAACCUUUUCAGAAAAAAAAAAUAUUUCUUUGCAUUUGUUUAGUUUGUAAUGUUAGCAUUUUCAUCAGCGAGA